UAGGAGCUUGGCGAGCCUCAGCGGUACUAAUAAGGAAUCUUGUCGCUCCAGAAGCUGCCUGUGACACGAUCUUUCCUUCUACCAGACUUGCCAGGUCCCGAUAUUUGGUGGAUUGAUUGCCCUACCAAGCUCAUAUUUCUUGAUUGAGGGGUAUCCUAUCAAAAUGCGUGUCACAUACGGUCUAGCAGCCUUGACUGGUCUGGCGCUGGGAAGACCAUCAACAGAGCCUCGUAACUUGGCACCUCGUGCCGUUGCCUACGUCGACCAAGAGACUGGCUUCACAUUUUCAGAGACAAAGGCAGCAGCCACUCUACAAGUCAACAUCGUCUACCGGAUAGCUACGCCAGCAAAUGUCCCCGCCAAUCAGCCCUAUGAUGUGGUCAUCCAAGUUGUUGCUCCCGCUUCACUUGGUUGGGUUGGCCUGGCCUGGGGAGGCAGCAUGAUAAAAAAUCCGCUCACGGUCGCGUACCCCAAUGGCCAAAAACCCACUGUAUCUUCCCGCUGGGCGACUUCACACUCGACACCAGCGCAGUACACCGGCGCGACAUACACACCACUGAGUAACGGUAACAAGUCCAACGGAACCCACUGGCAGUACACCGUCAAAUGCACCGGAUGCACUACCUACGCUGGCGCCUCAGGCCAAGUGCGCAUCGACCCCACGUCCUCCAAGCGUCUCGGGUAUGCUUGCUCUGCGGGCAAAGUCUCGAAUCCCUCCUCGAAUACAGCUAGUAUUCCAGUACACGAUGUAUACAACUAUAUUACGCACGACUUCUCAGCGGGGGCGAACUCGAACUUCGCCGCGCUGCUGACUCGAAAUGGAGUUUCAAGUGAACCUGCGAAUGUAACACAGCUACUCUAA